UAAAAACAAACUUAACAUCUGCUUUCAAUAAUGGCCAAAAGAGAAUCAAUGCAGGGACGUUUUCUUUUUCUAAAACCUUAAAGCUGGGAUUUGCAGCAGCUUUUCUCCAGCACUGGGCAUCAAGCCUGUCACAGCUGCUGUUUCCAAGAAGAUCCGGGGGCUGAAGGCAGGGGUGGGCCAUGGUCAGUGAGAAGCAGUCCGCUCCUGCACCAGCCUCCGGAGAUAGCAGACAAGCAGUGUACUCAGCUCUCAGGGAGGUCCGGGAAUUCCCCACUUCACCAGAGACCUGAAUGAUGGUGCUUGCCCCUCCUCCAAGGGGGUAGGGGCUGUGUCUCCUGGAUGAAACACUGCUGCCGGCUACAUCCACUAUCACCCGGCACAGUUGGGCUACCAUACCCCUUCUGUCUCCAAAACAGCUGGAAAGGGCCCCUCGGAUCAAAUUGGAUGUAUGACUCCAACUCCUUUCCAUGUACAUCACUGGAACCAGGGCUGCCGACAUCCAGGAAGGGCUCCAGAGUGCAGAAUGAUCCCAGUCCAAGAAGAAACUAUGCUGGAUGCUUGACUACCUACCCAAAAGCAGAGGAUGGGAACCCAAGAACAGACAUGCAGAGAAUCAGCUCCACACAUAGCUCCUGCUGCCGGCAGCAAUGCAUAACAGAGGGAGCUGCAGACUGGUUCCACACACCAUCCACCCCACCUCUUACCCGUGGCGAGUUCCCUCUGGAGUGGCCCCAGUGUCCUGGCAAGCCCUGGGCAGCAACAUCAAAGCCUCGGCUGGUCACAGCUCUCCGCGUCAGAGGCCAUGGUGGCUCUGUGCAGCAAUCCCACAGGCCCAGGCUCCCUGGAGCUCCCCCAACCCUGGGUGCAGGGAGAGCUGGAGCAGGGACAGCAUCCUCCUGCCAUUACAGAACUGCUGAGAAGGCACCCCUUCCUCUGCGAGCCCUGCCCUUCCACUUGACCUUCUCAGCCCAGCUUGAAUGUGGAUGGACAUCCUCGUCACCAUGGCAGUGCCACCAGAUCUGACCCAAAUACUUCGGGCUUGCUCCAAUCUGUCUUUUAAGAAACAGGCACAAUAUAAUUUUACUCUUGUGUCAAAAUGGUAGAGCUGGGCUGGGGAUUUAGCUCAGUGGGUCUGCCGCCUG